GGGGGGCGGAGCCUGGUGCCACUGAGGCCAUAAAACGCCCCGGCUCCUCACCCGUAGUGGAAAAACCGAGCAGAGAGAGUGGAAGCAGCGUCGUGCGCAACAGGAAUGAUCUGCAGCCCCCGUCUCCAGCGCCUCUGACAGUAGGACCGUCCUCCCUCCCUCUGAAGCCAGGGACACGCUCAGGUCUCCUCAACCCCAGCCCGACCCCCCCCUGCACAUCCGUCUCCUCUUUUAGUUGAAAACUUUUUUUCAAAGAUGACCUGGACGACGAACAGCUGUUUGGUCACUCUGGCCAUUCUUUUGCUCUGGCGGGUGGAGGACCUGGCACAAGCCUGCAGCUGCUCCGCUGCGCAUCCCCAGCAGGCGUUCUGCAACUCUGACGUCGUUAUAAGGGCAAAAGUUGUUGGAGUGCAGGAAGUUGAGGCUGGCAAUGACGUCUACGGAAAUCCCAUCAAAAAGAUCAAGUAUGACAUCAAACAGAUGAAGAUGUUCAAAGGACCCAAUCAGUUUAUUGAUGCCAUCUACACUGGUCCCUCCUCUGCAGUGUGUGGAGUGACUUUUGACACAAAUGGCAAGAAGGAGUACCUUAUCACAGGCAAGCUGGAGGCCGAUGGGACGAUGCACGUCACACUCUGUGACUUGAUCGAGCUUUGGGACUCCCUGACUGAAACCCAAAAGAAGAGCUUGACGCAGCGCUAUGAAACGGGCUGUGAUUGCAAGAUCACCCGCUGCACCUCCAUCCCUUGCAUACUCAGCAGCCCAGCCGAGUGCCUUUGGACAGACUGGGUGAUCGAGAAGAUGGUCAAUGGAGAGCAAGCCAAACAUUUUGCUUGUAUCAAAAGGAGUGACGACUCGUGUGCCUGGUACAGAGGCAGUGCACCACCCAAAAAGGAUUUCCUGGACAUCGAAGACCCGUAACUCCACCACUAUUUGAAGUCUGAAGAUGGCUGCAGUUGAAAUGUUCUAACAUAAACAUCCAAACCGGAAAUAAAGAUUUUAAAUGUCUAAUUAUGAUUUUUUUUUAAAUUUUCAAUCAGUGUGGGCACACCAUUAUGAGGAAAAGUUUUAUUAUUGCAGCUCAUGCUUUCAAUUAACAUUCUUUUGAACUCAGCACUUUCCACUUUUACUCCUAACUUUGAAGCACUUCCACAUAAACCACUUUCAGCUGAAAUAAAUGAACAAUUGUCCCAAUUUUGUAUUUCUGGUCAUGAUAUUUGGCUUCUUGAGAUAUUCUGUGUGGGUAACUAUAUUUUUAUUUUUCUCUCAAUACAAGUAUGUUUUGAAGAGAUACUACUAAAAAAAUUCUGAAUAUACAAAUCUUUACAAUGAGCUAUGCAAGACUGUCUCCACCAGCUCAUGUUUUUCAUCCUGAUAUCUCAGAGCUAUCAGGGGUAGAAAUACCACCAUUAGCCUGGUCUUCAGACUCUCUGUUGAUCUUUCAGAACAUUUAAUUUCCUUUCCUUAUAUUUUUUUUGUUUGUUGCUGUGACAAAAUAUUCAUGUUAAAAAAGGGGCAUGCUACUGAUCCCAAGCUACCACCAAACUUUUUUGCAAUAAUUAGUUUUGAUGUGCAAGUAUUUACACUCAAGUAAUCCUAAAAAGGUCCUUUAUAAUGUAAUUACCACGGCAAUAUGAGCUGUACAUGAGUAUUGGAUUGUCCACUUUUUAUUUCAAUAGCAUAUAUUCUUUCUUUAUAAUGCUUUAGUGUGUGUCUGUGUGCAGGAGAACAUUUUUAUUUAAAAUUUUGUACGUCAUCAUUUCUUUGAAAAAAAAAGAACAAGCCCAUGUUUUUGUAACAAUCUUUUUAAAAAAUCACACCACUGAUAUCCUAUAUUGAACUACUGCUAUUUUAGAAGAUCAAAAAUAAGUGUUUUGGCAAAGUGCAUCAAUGUUGUGUACUGCAAACGGAAAACUUAAGGCCUGUCACAUGUCUCACUGGCUCAUCCUUUAGAUCAAUAUAAAGAACAUAUUAUAUUAAUAAUUUUCCUGUGGAGGCACUAAAAUGACAAAUAAAUGCCAUAAACCUAUAAUAUGAGUGUAAAAACACGCUGCAUUUGGAACUGUUAUCAAGUAUGAUGUAUUGUGCUGGUUUCACAGUGGACUAUUGAGGUUGUUUGCAUGCAUAUUCUUUAGAAAAGUUUCUGUAUAUUUGCCUAUUAAAUGCCAAACUCUGUUUUGAUGUACUUUAUACUGAUUAUUUUCACAUCAGUACAUAAAACUACCAAAAGUCAAACAUCAUUAAUCCCAACUGACUUGAAUAGAGAUGUGUGGAAUAAAUUAGGUUUAACCUCUGUGGUAGAAAUACUUUCCUUUAUCAGUUUUACCAGAAAUGAUGCACAGAUACUGUAAACUGCUGCCACCAAGUGGAGAGAAGUGCUCGGGAAGUCCAUUGGUCCACGAGGCAGUCCAUGUGACGGCCAGUUUAUCAUACAUGUUACACGCUGAUUUCGUAAUAUGAAUGAAUUAUUAGUCAAUUAAAAACGAUGAUGCAUUGAGGUAUUGGGUUUUCUCUCAUAUUAAAUAAAAUGCAAUUCCCUGUGAAACACAAUAUGAUGAAGUAAAUCGUAGAAGUUG